AUGGAGUUAGAGUUACCAGAAGAUGAUGAAAAUAAUGGGGAGAAAAAAAAUAAACAAACAAGAAGAAGAAGUAUAACCAGAGAAGGUUGUAAAGCUCUUUGUGUUUUUAAGAUGACUGUAGAUGGAAAGUAUAUGAUCCUUAGAGUUCAUGAAGGACAUUCACAUGCACUUGCUACACCCUCAAAAAAACCAAUGUUAAAGUCAGCAAGAAAGGUAAACACAAUGCUCAAGGGUAUGCUAAAAACAUACCAUCGAUCUAAUAUUGGGGAUUCAAAAGCAUAUAAUAUACUAAGAGAUCAAGUAGGAGGAACAGAAAAUAUUGGUUGUAUGCGGAGGGAUUUGCAAAACUUUCACAGAAAUAUAAAAAUGUUACUAAAAAAUUCUGAUGCCCACAUAUUUAUAACCAACUUUUCAAGAAUGAAAGCAAGGAAUCCGUCAUUUUACUAUGCCUAUGAAGUUGAUGAAGAGAGAAGAUUGAAACAUGCUUUUUGGGCAGAUGGUAUUUGUAGAAAAAAUUUUGCAUUGUUUGGUGAUGUUAUCUCUUUUGAUACGACUUAUAGAACCAACAAGUAUUCCCUGAUAUUUGCACCUUUUACUGGGUUGAACCAUCAUAGGCAAGCAAUCACUUUUGGAGCUGCAUUUUUGGCUAAUGAGAAAGAAGAAAGUUUUGUGUGGGUGUUUGAGAAGUUCGUAGAAGUAAUGGGGGGUCGCAAACCUGUAUGUAUUAUUACUGAUCAAGAUCCCGCUAUGAAAAAAGCCAUUGAUGUUGUAUUCGACACAUCAAUACAUAGAUAUUGUGUUUGGCAUAUUAUGAGAAAGGUUUCAGAAAAGGUCGGUGGUGCUUUAAACUCAAAUGAGAAUUUUCAUAAAAAGUUAAAGGCUUGUGUUUGGGUUUCUGAGACCCCUGAAGAAUUUGAAAGCAGUGGGUUGUCCAUUAUUUCAGAAUAUGAAUUAGAAACAAAUGAUUGGUUUAAACAAAUGUUUGGCAUGAGAAAUACGUGGAUUCCAUGUUAUUUUAGGGAUGUUUAUUUGGUUGACUUGUUGAGGACAACUUCAAUAUCAGAGAGUGAAAAUUCAAUGUUUGGAAAUUUUCUCAAUAAACAAUUAAGCUUGGUUGAGUUUUGGAUGCGAUUUGAUUUUGCCAUUGAGAUUCAGAGAGAGAAUGAGAAAGAAUUAGAUUAUGCAAACUCAUCUUCAAUCCCUAAACUAAAGACUGAUAAUGAUUUGGAGAAGCAUGGUCGUGGGAUCUAUACACAUACAAACUUCUACAUAUUCCAGGAUCAAUUAUGGCUUGCUUGCAUGCAUUAUACAGUUGCACGUAUAGAAGAAGAAGAUGAGAAAACAAUCUAUUCAGUUGUAAAUAAUUGCAAAGAAAGCACUAAGCCAAGUGUCACAGCUAGCAAACAAGGAGUUAAGGGAUUGAUAUACAUUUUACAACGAUGUUAG